AAAGAGAAACAUGUGAGUGCACUGAAGAGCAUGCAACAGACAACUUAGUGCAACUUUUGAUCACACGCAUCAACCUUUGUGCACUAACGGGAUUUAACUUUUUGGCAAGGAGACGUACUAGCCUACUACGAUUUCUGUAUAGGCCUAUAACCUGAUCACUUUUCUUAUUUUUUUAUAUUUAAUCUCGCAUUAAUAUACAAUAUCAGUUUUUUUUCUCUCUUCAUUUUAACAACAUCAUAACCAGCACUUGUCUUAAUUUAUUAUCGUAUUUUUGGGGGUUAAUAUCUUAACUAUAAUUUAAUUCAGACUACUUUAUUAGCGAAUAGUUGCUUAGUCUAAAUUAGUUAUUUUAUAACAACUUUCUGGACGCGUGGUGACUGUCAUACAGCAGUCCUAUUUAUUUCUGAGCAGUCGCGUGUUUCGCUUGGUUUAAUCCCUGUAAAAUGAAGCAUUUCCAAUUUGUGCUCUUGUUGGCCGUCGCGGCCAAUUUUUGGGAAUGUGGUGAUGCGAAAUUCGGCGAGAAAGGAGAAUUAAGUCCAAGGAGGAGGAGAUGUUACGAUGGAAGUCUGCCGAAACGCCUGAAGAAGAAGGAGAGAAAACUGUCACUGGAGGGAAGCGGUGGAGGGGAGGUUUGUCACAGGCUCUAUCCUCGCGUGUCCUGCUGUCCGUCCAGGAGGGCUCCUUAUCAAAUACUCCAUCGGAGAGAUGCUCUGAUCUUUUCAACCAAUAACACAGAGUGUUCUAGACUUCUGGAGGAGAUUAAGUGUGCCCAUUGCUCACCACAUGCCCAGAUGCUCUUCCACUCACCCAAACUUGAAAAAUCACCACACAGAGAACAAGAUCUACCCCGCUUAUGCCACGACUACUGCCAAGAGUUCUACUACACCUGCCGGGGACAAGUACCAGAACUGUUCCAAGCCGACGUGGAUGAGUUCUGCCAGUACUAUGGAAGGAAGGACGGAGGGCUGUGCUUUCCAGAUUUUCACCGAAAGCAGUUGCGCCGAGAUUCCAACUACCUGUUAGAUGAAAAAAUAGAAGGGAUUAACAGAAAACAUAAACACAACUGCUACUGCGCUGAGGAGAUUCUUAGUGGUCUUCGACAGCCUGUUGGCGUGGUGCAUUGUGGGGAUGGAUCACAGCGGCUUUUUAUUUUGGAGAAGGAAGGCUUUGUACGAAUCCUAACACACAACAUGGAGCUCCUAAAAGAGCCUUUUCUGGACAUUCAUAAGCUGGUCCAAAGCGGUAUGAAGGGAGGAGAUGAAAGGGGCUUGCUAAGCCUUGCAUUCCACCCCAAUUAUAAGAAAAAUGGAAAGUUCUACGUCUCCUACACGACCAACCAGGAGCGUUGGGCAAUCGGACCACACGAUCACAUUCUUCGUGUAGUCGAGUACACGGUGUCCAGGAAAAAUCCGAACCAGGUGGACACGAGGACUACUCGAGUGUUAAUGGAAGUAGCUGAGCUCCACCGAAAGCAUCUGGGAGGUCAGCUCCUCUUUGGGCCUGAUGGGCUUCUGCACAUAUUUUUAGGUGAUGGCAUGAUCACUUUGGACGAUAUGGAGGAGAUGGAUGGUCUAAGUGAUUUCACAGGAUCUGUCCUUCGAGUGGAUUUGGACACAGAUAAUUGUAGUCCGCCCUACUCUAUACCCAGAAACAACCCCUAUUUUAACAGCACAAAUCAGCCCCCUGAAAUCUUUUCCCAUGGACUGCAUGACCCAGGAAGGUGUGCAGUGGAUAAGCUCCGCAUGGACACCAAUGGGAGUCUGCUGAUUCUGUGCACAGAUACUGUUGGCAAAAAUACGACAACAGGCAGGAUUCUACAGGUCAUCAAAGGGAAAGACUAUGAAAAUGAACCAUCUAUAUAUGACAUGGGGUCAAAUGGAGGUGCCACCCCAGUUGGUGGAUUCAUUUACAGGGGAUGUCAGUCAAGAAGACUUUAUGGAAGUUAUGUAUUUGGAGACAAAAAUGGGAACUUCAGAAUUCUCCAGAGGCCUUCAGAAGACAGAUUGUGGCAAGAGAAGCCUCUUUGUCUUGGUACUAGCAGUUCCUGUGGUUCCUCGCUGGUAGGCCACAUCCUAGGGUUUGGCGAAGAUGAAUUAGGUGAGGUCUACAUCCUUGCUUCCAGCAAAAGCACGGCGAUACAGUCGCACAGCGGAAAACUCUACAAGUUGGUGGACCCCAAAAGGCCACAGGUCCCUAAGGAGUGCAGACGGCCGGUGGAGGAUCCAGAGAUGCUAAGCACCACUUGCUCCCGUGAAUGCAAGAACGGCCACUGUACACCCACUGGCAAAUGCUGCUGCAGUGCUGGCUGGGAGGGCCCCUUCUGCUUACGAGCCAAAUGCGAACCCAUCUGUCGUAACGGUGGAGUCUGCGUGGAGCCCAACAAGUGUCUCUGCAAGGAAGGAUUCUCCGGCGGUCAGUGUGAGAAAGGAGAGCGAGGAACACGAGGGGACGGUGAGAAAGACAGCAUCCUGGAGCACAUCAUUGACAUGACAUCUUACCUGCUGGACCUCACCAGUUAUAUUGUAUAAAAAGUAGGGCUGGAUGAUAAUGCGCUCUUCACCGGUUGGCAGACUGAACGUUACGGAGGCCUUUCAGAGUUUGCCUUCAGGACACCAUCCCCAAUCUCCAACUGCCCCUCACCUGAUCCUCCUCUCCCACCACUGUUCGUUUUCAUGAGCCACAGCCUUUGAUCUUCAUGCUCCCCUACACCAUCUGCACUCUCACUCCUAUGCACAAAUACACAGGUAAAACAAUAACAGGGUGGCCAAUGGAACCUCAAUGCGCAUAGCUGAAGGGGUCGCAUGUUGGAGGUACCACGCAGGGUUCUCCGGUUUUUACUGCUGGUAUGGUGUGUAAUGUCUGGUCCACUUUAAAGUCAAGUGUCCCUGCAAGAGGACUCACAAAGCACUGGAAGCUUCACAUGAGACCAACUCGGAUGUUCGUUCCAACCCCAACAUGGGCACCAAUAAGUCUGUGUACUACAGGACAAAUUGGGAUUUUAGGGAGUCAACAACGCUCAUUUAGGAAAGUCAAAUGGACAGUCUUGCAAACUCAACUGUACCAUAAAGAAAAUCACUGCCAUGGAUUCAUAGGUUGUUUAAAGAAGAGAGGGGAAGUAGCUGUCAGUACAGCCACAAAACCAUACAACAGACUUAGAGUCUUAUCCAGCAGGUCUGUGUAUAACUGGAGAAUCAUUUUGAUGGGACUUGAUGCCAGUUUACAUGCAGUUUAGAAAACGCAUCUACUAAAAUGUCAUCCAUCUUCUUGAUAUAAUUGCUGAAACGAUCAAUGAAGAUCCUGCAAAGUCAAAACUGAAUAUUGGUUGUAUCUCAUUGAUGUUUCAUUUAGAUGAAAACUAAAGUGAAAUGUAAAUCUUUAAGAAUGUUCGAACAGUCACUUUUAUUACAUUAAUUUAAUAUAUAAGAUGACUGGUUUGCGGAGAAACUAACCUAAAUAGGUAACUGCUCUGGUUAAAGGUGCAGUAUCAGCUAUACUAUUUUCCUAUAGUUGUUCAUGACCAUGCACGCUGCUUUCAUUGCAAAUUGUAUAUCUUAUCAUAUUUUAAAAUGUUCAUAUAUCUUGUUUCUGUGAGAUAUCAAGCACAGAAUCUUUUUUUUUUUUUUUUUUCAGAUGGAAAACCCUCGUAAGGUGUUUUUAGCAAAUACUACAGUUUUUGUCUCACUUUAAAAACACCGUUUAUUUGACGGUCACAAUGGAAAUCUUCAUUUAAUGUUCUCCUUUUUUUUCGAAACACCAAACCCUAUUCAGUUUUGUCAUAAGGGGAACAAAACUGGUGACUGGUGUACAUUUCAUGUAGUACUGUACUGAGAUAAGUACUUUUUAGAUUUGCCAUUGUUUUAAUAAAGGAGGGUUUAUUUUUUUAAGGAAUAAUAUAUGGGAGAGGAGCAGUUUUGCAUUAAGCCUGUAAAAUCAUUUUACGUAUUUUACUUACAAAUACUUACACCGUUCCAUUGAAGAUACAACUUCCAUAAAAAUCUAAUUUAAAUCUAUAACAUUGUUCUAAUUGCUA